AUCAUUUAGUCUAUGAAAAUUAUUAUUUGAAGUCGGAAAAAUGGCUGCUAAUAAUCUUGUUCGCAGUGUUUUCAAUGGAUUACUACGAAAAUCCACCACAUAUAAGACGCCGGUUGUUUGCAGAUUUUCUACUUUGGCCUUAAAACAAAAAUAUAGUACAAUAAAGUGUGCCGUUCAGAUAUAUAAUUCCAACCACUUACAAACUGGGGUGCAAUGUCAGCGAAUACAACAAUACUCUGGCGCGCAGUCUAAACCCUCUCCGCAGGAAAUUGAGGAACGAGUGUUGAAAGUGUGCAGGGCUUACGACAAACUGAGUACUAGUCAGUUAUCUGUAGAAUCCCAUUUCAUGACUGAUCUGGGACUCGAUUCCCUCGACCAUGUUGAAGUCAUUAUGGCUAUGGAGGAUGAAUUCGGUUUUGAAAUACCUGAUGCUGAUGCAGAGAGGCUUGUUAGACCAAAAGACAUAAUCCAAUAUAUUGCUGAUAAGGAAGAUAUUUACGAAUAAAUGUGAAGCCAUUGCUGUUUAUCUCAAGAAUUUAGAUCAAUAAUUUUUAUUGUGAAUAAUUUCAUCACUUGAUAAUAUAAGAUCAUAGACAAAAUUAAUGUGUUAUAAAUAAACAGUUGGUCUAAGACAUUACGGUAUACAGCUUAGUGUCUAGUUCAGAUUAAUUUUACAUGUUAUUCAAACAAGAAUGGACUAUGUAAAACUGAUAUGGUACCAUCUGCGGAGAUGUAUAAAGUGUAAAUUGUUUUUAUUGAUUACAUGCCUGUUAGAUUAGAUUGACUACUUUCAUUUUAUAAUCCCCAAAACCAAUGUAUCAAUAAAACAAUUGUGUAUUUGA